AACUUCCGCGCAUCUACGAGGGCCGGGACUGCAGCUACCUUUCUGGAAGGCGCCGGCCGGCCAGUCACCGGCUGAAUCCUGCCGGAGGCGGCUCCCAGUCUCCGGUUGCGGGGCAGAGACCCGGGCGCCCCGCCCUCGCCAGCGCCCGCCCCCGCCCGCCCCCAGCCCGCCCCCAGCCCGCCCUCCGUAUCUGGCCCCUGGGCAGCUGUCCCGGGAGGCGGCCAGCGAGUUGGGGCCGCGCGAUGUCGCACGGAGCCGGGCUCGUCCGCACCACGUGCAGCAGCGGCAGCGCGCUCGGACCCGGGGCCGGCGCGGCCCAGCCCAGCGCCAGCCCCUUGGAGGGGCUGCUGGACCCCAGCUAUCCCCGGACCCACGCGGCCCUGCUGAAAGUGGCGCAGAUGGUCACCCUGCUGAUUGCCUUCAUCUGCGUGCGGAGCUCCCCGUGGACCAACUACAGCGCCUACAGCUACUUUGAAGUGGUCACCAUUUGCGACUUGAUAAUGAUCCUCGCCUUUUACCUGGUCCACCUGUUCCGCUUCUACCGCGUGCUCACCUGUAUCAGCUGGCCCUUGUCGGAACUUCUGCACUAUUUAAUCGGUACCCUGCUCCUCCUCAUCGCCUCCAUCGUGGCAGCUUCCAAGAGUUACAAUCAAAGCGGACUGGUAGCCGGAGCGAUCUUUGGUUUCAUGGCCACCUUCCUCUGCAUGGCAAGCAUAUGGCUGUCCUACAAGAUCUCGUGUGUAACCCAGUCCACAGAUGCAGCCGUCUGAUGAGGCCACAACCCCUGGGCCCCUCAGAGCUUUGCAAAGAGGUCGUGUACUCCAGGCGAGGCCUGUGGACCUGUGUUCCUGUGCCAAAGUCCUGUCAGGCUGGUGGGAACCAGGAAAGGCCUGCCCCCUCUUCCUGCUCUCCCCGGAAGCCAGCUCCCAGAGCUCCUGAGCCAGCCGGAAACUCUUCCUCCAAGCCUUCCAGGGAGAAUAUUCCUCCCCUUCUGGAAAAGGAAAGCAGCCUCCAGGGAAAUCUGUUUUCUGCCUUCCUGCUUCUAGAACCACCUCAGGUACUGAUGAACCCCACUUAGCACAGCUGGAGGGGUUUGUGAAUACUCCUGCCUAAAUCCCUUCUACUUCACUCCUCAGCCGGGAGUGAAGCGCCUUAAGAAACAAAGCUCCCUCCUAAUUUAUCUAGCUUGUCAGUCCAGUCUUAGAGAUACCCUCUUUCCUGAAGCGAGGCGUGCCUGUAGAAACACUAUGUGGUUAGCCUGUCCCUAAGGAGAUCUCGCGUCUCCUCUCCAUCUCUGCCUUUGUUACCAUUGUACACAUGUUUAUGCGUCUUUUAAUAAAAUAUUGACUCGGC